AUGGAGUGGAAACCUGAACAAGAAGGAUUACGGCAAAUACUUACACUUCUUAAGGAGUCUCAAUCACCAGACACUGCUACACAAAGAGCUGUUCAACAAAAAUUGGAAGAAUUAAACAAGUAUCCGGAUUUCAACAAUUACCUUAUUUUUGUAUUGACUAAAUUGGUUACCGAAGAAGAACCCACAAGGUCCUUAAGUGGUUUAAUUUUGAAGAAUAAUGUUAAAGCACACUACAAUAGCUUUUUACCAGAAGUAGCAGAAUUCAUAAAACGAGAAUGCCUGUCAGCUGUUGGGGAUCCCUCUCCUCUUAUCAGAGCUACUGUGGGAAUUAUAAUAACCACUAUUGCAAGUAAAGGUGAACUUACAUCAUGGCCUGAGCUCUUGCCAGCUCUAUGUCAGAUGCUUGAUUCUCAAGAUUACAAUGUUUGUGAGGGAGCAUUUGGAGCAUUACAAAAAAUUUGUGAAGACACAGCUGAACUACUUGACAGUGACGCACUUAACAGACCAUUAAAUGUAUUGAUUCCUAAAUUUCUACAAUUCUUUAGACAUUCAUCACCUAAAAUAAGGUGUCAUGCAAUUGCUUGUGUCAACUACUUCAUAAUGGGCAGAACUCAAGCUCUUAUGUUACACAUUGAUUCUUUUAUUGAGAACCUCUUUCAUCUUGCUGCAGACGAAGAUCCAGAUGUGAGAAAAAAUGUUUGUCAUGCUUUAGUUUUGCUCCUGGAAGUGCGAUUGGACAGGCUUAUACCACAUCUCCCAAAUAUCAUUGAGUAUAUGUUGAUACGUACACAAGACCCGGAGGAAGGAGUAGCCUUGGAAGCUUGUGAAUUCUGGUUGUCUUUAGCUGAACAAAAUGUUUGUCGUGAAGUUUUGGGGCCACGCCUACCAUUGUUGUUACCGGUUCUUGUCCGCGGCAUGCGAUAUUCGGAAAUGGACGUGAUACUGUUACGAGGUGACCGCGAUGACGACGCCGACGACGCAGAACCAGAUCGCGAGUCCGAUAUACGCCCGCGCUUCCAUAAGCCACGCUCGCACACCAUCAAGCAUAAUGCGGGCGCGGGCGACAGCAACAUGUCGGGCGGCGGCGAUUCCGAGGACGAGGAGGAAGGUGGUGCCGACGCAGACGACGGCUCGCUCUCAGACUGGAACUUGCGCAAGUGCAGCGCGGCCGCUCUUGACGUACUUGCCAACGUGUUCAACGCCGACCUACUGCCUGUCCUCUUCCCCAUACUCAAGGAGACUCUAUUCCAUGAGGACUGGGUUAUAAAGGAGAGCGGCAUUCUUGCACUGGGUGCAGUGGCAGACGGUUGCGUUGUCGGCAUGGUACCACACCUGCCUGAUUUGGUACCCUACCUAGUGUGCUGUCUGGGUGAACGCAAAGCACUUGUGCGUGCUAUAACUUGUUGGACACUGUCUCGUUACUCACACUGGAUUGUGUCCCAGUCGCAUGACCUUUAUCUUCGUCCAGUUAUGACCGAGUUACUGAAACGCGUCCUCGACAACAACAAACGCGUGCAAGAAGCGGCAUGUUCAGCUUUCGCUACUCUAGAAGAAGAGGCCUGCACUGAACUGGUCCCAUACCUCGGACACAUCCUACAAACCCUUGUCUAUGCCUUCAGUAAAUAUCAGCACAAAAACUUGCUCAUUCUAUACGACGCCAUUGGAACUUUGGCAGACUCCGUUGGUCAUCACUUGAACAAACCAGAGUACAUAAAUUUGCUGAUGCCUCCACUUAUUACCAAAUGGAAUGUUCUAAAGGAUGAAGACAAAGACUUAUUUCCAUUACUCGAGUGUCUUUCGUCAGUUGCUACAGCAUUACAGUCGGGAUUCCUGCCAUAUUGUGAACCAGUGUUCAGGAGAUGCGUUUCUCUUAUAGAACAAACACUCAACCAAAAUAUAGCCAACAGUCAAAGUCCUGAGCAGUUUGAAGCACCAGAUAAAGACUUUAUGAUUGUGGCGUUGGAUCUUUUAAGCGGACUUGCAGAAGGACUGGAUGGACACAUUGACCAACUUGUACACAACUCCAACCUCAUGCAAUUGCUAUACCAGUGUAUGAGGGAUCCAAUGCCCGAAGUACGUCAAUCUUCGUUUGCGUUGCUUGGCGACUUAACGAAGGCUUGCUUUCAACAUGUUCAUCUGUACAUACCUGACUUUCUACCUAUAUUGGGCAUGAACCUUAAUCCAGAACUCAUCUCUGUCUGUAACAAUGCAACUUGGGCUAUUGGUGAAAUAAGUAUAAAACUGGGACCAGAAACUUCAAAAUACAUACCUCUUGUGCUCAGUCAUUUAGUUGAUAUAAUCAAUAGGCCUAACACACCUAAAACACUGCUUGAAAAUACAGCGAUUACUAUCGGUCGGCUAGGUUAUGUGUGCCCCCACGACGUCGCACCCGUAUUACAUCAAUUUGUACGCCAGUGGUGCACGUCGCUGCGCAACAUCCGCGACAACGACGAGAAGGACAGCGCGUUCCGCGGCAUCUGCCAGAUGAUCCAGGUGAACCCGGGCGGCGUGGUGCCCGACUUCAUGUUCUUCUGCGACGCGGUCGCCUCGUGGUCCCACCCGAAGGACGACCUCAAGGAGAUGUUCACGAAGAUCCUGCACGGCUUCAAGAACCAGGUGGGCGAGGAGAACUGGCGCCGCUUCACCGACCAGUUCCCCGUCCAGCUGAGCGCGCGCCUCUCCGCCAUGUGCGGCAUA